CAAUCACAGUGCUGGUCCCGUUAGUUUCAUUGUGGAGCUGCAGCAGCUGCGCCAUCAUCUGUUACAGUGAGCAGAGGAGGCGAGGGACCGGUGGGGGGGCAUUAUAAUAAAGCCGUCUCCACAAAAUAUUGUUUACAAGCAAAGACGAAAAUCGCUGUGAGGACGGCGAUCAUGGGACGUGUGAUGCUUUAAUCAUCUUUCAUUUCAGCUCUUCCAGAGUUGUCGUUGGCCUCGCUGUGGCCCCCCUCAACCGUCCCCUCCUCGCCUGGCUGCUCGGUGUGGAGGGACAGCCUCGUCUAGGCAGUGUCUGGGAAGGCUUCUGUUUUUGCUGUGCAGAAAGCAAUGUGGAGCAAAUAAGAUCCUGAUACAUCGAAACUGCAGAAUUUAGAGAAUGGGCUGUGUGCAAUGCAAGGAUAAGGGAGCAGCAAAACUUACGGACGAGCGGGACGCCAGUAUAAGCCAGAACGCGGGUUAUCGCUAUGGGGCAGAUCCCACACCACAGCACUAUCCCAACUUCGGAGUCACUGCCAUUCCCAACUUCAACAACUUCCAUGCUCCGGGGGGUCAGGGGAUGACCGUCUUCGGGGGAGUCAACUCUUCUUCUCAGACUGGGACCCUGCGCUCCCGGGGCGGAGCAGGCGUUACGCUGUUCGUGGCACUUUAUGACUAUGAAGCCAGAACAGAAGAUGACCUUAACUUCAGGAAAGGAGAGAAGUUUCAGAUAUUGAACAGCACCGAAGGGGACUGGUGGGAGGCCCGCUCACUGUCCACGGGCCUGACCGGCUACAUUCCCAGUAAUUAUGUGGCUCCUGUGGACUCCAUCCAGGCGGAGGAUUGGUACUUUGGUAAACUUGGCCGGAAAGAUGCCGAGAGACAGCUUCUGUCCAACGGUAACUCCAGAGGUACCUUCCUGAUCCGAGAGAGUGAAACCACCAAAGGUGCCUUUUCCCUGUCUAUACGGGACUGGGAUGAUAUUAAAGGAGACCAUGUGAAACACUAUAAAAUUAGAAAGUUAGACAGUGGAGGGUAUUAUAUAACAACCCGAGCCCAGUUUGAAACUCUGCAGCAGCUGGUGCAUCAUUAUUCAGAGAGAGCUGCAGGUCUGUGCUGUCGCUUGGUGGUUCCCUGCCACAAAGGGAUGCCCAGGCUAGCUGACCUGUCUGUCAAAACCAAAGACGUGUGGGAAAUCCCAAGGGAGUCCCUGCAGCUCAUCAAAAGGCUCGGGAACGGGCAGUUUGGGGAGGUUUGGAUGGGGACGUGGAACGGAACCACGAAGGUGGCGGUGAAGACGCUGAAGCCCGGCACGAUGUCCCCGGAGUCGUUCCUGGAGGAAGCCCAGAUCAUGAAGAAGCUGAGACACGACAAGCUGGUGCAGCUGUACGCUGUGGUGUCGGAGGAGCCCAUCUACAUCGUCACGGAGUACAUGGGCAAAGGAAGCUUGCUAGAUUUCCUAAAGGACGGAGAAGGACGAGCACUGAAGUUGCCAAACCUUGUGGACAUGGCAGCACAGGUUGCGGCUGGCAUGGCUUACAUCGAGAGGAUGAAUUACAUCCAUCGAGACCUGCGAUCAGCCAAUAUCCUGGUAGGGGACAACUUGGUGUGUAAAAUUGCGGACUUCGGCUUGGCAAGGCUGAUCGAGGACAAUGAAUACACCGCUCGACAAGGGGCAAAGUUCCCAAUAAAAUGGACGGCCCCAGAAGCUGCGCUGUAUGGGAAGUUCACAAUCAAAUCGGACGUGUGGUCCUUUGGGAUCCUGCUGACAGAGCUGGUGACAAAGGGACGAGUCCCCUACCCAGGCAUGAACAACCGGGAGGUGCUGGAGCAGGUGGAGCGUGGCUACAGGAUGCCCUGCCCGCAGGACUGCCCCAGCUCCCUGCACGAGCUCAUGGUGCAGUGCUGGAAGAAGGACCCCGAGGAGCGCCCCACCUUCGAGUACCUGCAGGCCUUCCUGGAGGAUUACUUCACAGCCACCGAGCCCCAGUACCAGCCCGGGGACAACCUCUGAGCCCCCCCCCCGCGACCCCCCUCCCCACGCCCCCCUGGCUGGGCCCCGGAGCCGUGGGCUCCAGGUGCAUCGUGUCGCUUGGCGGGGCCGCGAUGGACCGUCCCCAGCAGGGAGGGCUGCCUGUACAGUGACUGCCUGUGUAUCGGACGUGCGCAGCUUCCAGUGUCACACACACACACACACCAUUGCCACUGUCCGGAGACACCCAACCCAUUCUGUUCCGACGAGACUGACUUAAAAAACACUGGGAUCGCGAGGUGCUUGAGGUGCGUUCGAGGGAGGGGAGGAAGGACGGCAGUGAUGGGGAUGACAAGAUGCCUGUAUUCAGUGUAAAUAUUAAUUGCUUGUUUACUUAUCCCUUGUGUUUUUUUUCCUGUCUUUUUUUUUUAAUAAUAAUAAUUUUAAAAUAAUGCGCCUGCAGUCCUCUGGGAGACCCACAGUCCUGGGGCGAGCCAGACCCAGUGCUCUUCCUCGGCUUGUAGCCACCCUCGUGUCCUUCCCGAGCGGCGGGGGUGGGUGUCGCUUUGGUUCAAAAAUAAUAAUGCUGCAUUUUCACAGAACAGAAAGUACCCUUUUUCCCCCGUUAAGCUUUGUUGCCGUGCUGCACGGGUUUUCCCUGUCGCGUCUGCUUCUCCUUCGGCCGCCGCUCACACUCGCUGGCGCAGACCCCGGCCAAGCAUGCCCACGCCCUCCCCUCGUUUUGCACUGCCUUUAAGAAGCUAAGAUCUGUUUUUUUGUUGUCGUUUUGUUUUUGUUGAAUUGCUGUUACUUCUUAAAGUCAUAGGUGUUAGGCUAAUGCUGUAACAAAGUUAUUUUACAAAUAAUGUAUGUUACAUUUUGUAAUAGCAGCCAAAUGUGCAAGAAUGAUUCUUUUAAACAUAUCUCUCUUAGAAGGUUAAACACAGCCUGGCUGGUAAAAUGGCCACCAUUUUAACUGGAAUGAUGGAAGAUUGCUUCCUGCAACAGUCAUGUAGACUGAAAUGACAUGUGGUUUAUUUAAAAUAAUGUAUUAUUACAGUUUAAUGGUCUUAUUUUACCUUGUAUACAGAGUAACAUUUAGAGUCAUUCCAACUUGUCUUACGUCCUUGUUUACUUAAUUUUAAGCAUAACGAUGUAAAAAAGAGAAGUGUUUACAAAUAAUGUCUCCUGCUGUAGGCAGUGGGUUCUCUUUGCUGUGCACCUCAGCCAUCCUGCUUCUCGUUGAGUUACAGUACUAUGCACUCCUUCAUCAGACUUUCUUUUGCUUCACUGACCAUGGAUAUCAAAUCUAAAUUUUGUUACAUUAUACACAUUUAACCGAAUCUGACAUUUCUAGGGAGCA